AUGGGAAGAAUAGUUACGGAAGAAACAGAUAUGAAUCAAAUCCGGAAUAAUGCAUCAUUCGAAGAACAAACGAUGAAACCCUCAAUUGCGCCAAAAAAACAUUCGGUGAUGAUUCUAGACGGUGAACUAUUUUCCUACCAAUUAUCCAUGGAAUGUACUAAAGAAAUUCAAGCCAGGAUUCGAUUCUGUGUCCAACCGCUGAUGCUUAGCUGGAAGAAAAUGCGACAACAGAGACCGAUGUUGAAAAAUGUAUCGUUCCCUAUGUAUAAGUAUACUCGACAAGAAUUAUUAGAACUUUGCGACGGUUAUGCAAAUACAUUUAUGUGUGCUGGCUUUGAAUCGAUCACGAUUUGUCUUAACGACGAAUUGAUUCGAUUUGCCCGAGAUCACUUCGGAUACAUUUGUACUCCGCAGAAUAUUAACCGUUUCAUGGAACACUAUGAAUGUAUUGCGGAAGUGACUACCGCUUACAGUGGAAAAUGCCAGAUGUUUAUUACAGGUGUAGCAGAACCGGGGAAGGAUCUGAAGAAAUGUCGUGGCAUCCGACAAUACUAUAACUGUAUAAAACCUGAAAUCAUACGGAAUUGUCGGAGUGAAGCGUUGAAAGAAUUCAAAACAUCAAUAAUCGAAUAUGGCUGUGAUUUGAGUCUCAAUGACUUAGUGCUUUCUAAUCAGUGA